AUGACUGGAAAUCAGAAUCAUGAUGAUGAUGCAUCAUCAUCUAGCAGUAAGACGUUGAAGAAUUUUGACCAUGAUGGUGUGGCAUCUUGGUCAGAUGUUAACCAUGAUGUGCUUUUUUUAGUUAUGAUGCAACUGGGAGUUGUUGAUUUCUUUGCAUUCAAGGGAGUUUGCAAGUCAUGGAGUUCAUUUGCAGUCUCUAACAUGAACAUUUUUAUGGCGUCCAAACCACCCAUGGAGAUAUAUUUUUCUAUGGAGGCUAAUGAGGAUUACUGGUGCCACCUAGAGGACUUUGGUGGAAGAACCUUUAAAACCAUCCUUCCCCAUUCUACUUGGAGAAGAUGUGUACUUGGAUGUACAUGUGGUUACCUGAUCUUGUUCGGAAGGAAGAAAACCCAAGACUUCUUGCUUGUGAAUCCUAUCACAAAGCAUAAACUUUAUUUCCCUCAUUGGCCCACAUAUGUAGGUGUUGAUGACGAAAAUUUCAGAGGCAUCCUUGUCUUUUCACGUUCAACAUCUGAGUGGGUGUUUGUUGUGUUAAAUAGAAACAUAUUGACUUAUGGAGUGGGUAAUGAAAAUAGAUCGUUUCAUAUAUCAGGUAAACAAGGAUGGAAUCAUGUCUCCUCCACUCUCCCCAUCCUUGAUUUACAUAUUUUCAAGGGGAAGAUAUAUACCUUAGACACGGAUUAUUGUUUAGGUGAACUCAGACUCCAUCUGAAGUCAAAGCAGAAGGGAAAAUGUACGUUAGUCAAAACCAAGAAUUUUCCCAAGCGAAACUUUUUUGACUUAAGUUUUCCACCUCUGCUUGUAAGUUCAGCUGAAAACCUUUAUGUGAUAUCUGGGCAUGCGAUACAUGAACUAGAUUUUAGCGAAAUGAAGUGGGUGUCACCAGAAAAGACAAUUGGAGAAUAUGCAGUUUUUGUUAGCCGGUUGAAGUCUUCUGCUGCUAUUAAACCAAAGUCAUGGGCUGGCCCACAGACACAAUGUUACACGAGCUAUGAUUACUUUUCUGCCACCGAUGAAAGUCGACAAGGAGUGUUCUGUUACGAAGGGAUGUGGUACUUCCCCCAUGAUUGUUCCAAUGUUAAUCUCUUAGAUGAGUGA